UCCCAUCACCUCUGAGCUAGCCGCCUCAUAACUCCUCCUUCUCUCCUUCGCUCUCUCUGAAAGUGAGGCGAGACAGGGUGACUGUACACGCCAUUGCAGAGACAGUUGAAGCUACAGUGGAACGCUGCGUUUUGGAGAUUAGGUUUUUGAAUUACUCGGCGGUCAACAAGUACUCCUCGUUAGUCUUUGUCUUUUCACUCGGUUUCAUGCUGCCAUAGGUUUUCUCCAACUCUCAGCUCUCAGCUCUCUACUCUCUACUCUCUCUUGGUUGUGCUUCAGAUCGAGUUGAGGGCCUUUGGAACAACGUCGUCAAACCUGAGCUUCAGUGGGAAAUGCUGGACUACGAAUGGGGGAACCCAUCUCCGAUCAUGCUCUCCGGAGACGAGCCCCCUCAGGAUUCGGACCAGACCCGCCAGAUAUUCGACCACUACCACCAAACCUUCACCGACGGACUCGUCGCUCCGGCGACCGCCUUCUUCCACCACCAGAGCCAGCCUCAGCCCGCUCAUAUUCACUCCCUCUACGACCCACGCGCCUACCACACGUACCAGGCCCCCCCGCCGGCGAUGCUGUCGCUUGAGCCGGUGGCCGGGACGUCCGCCGGCGGGGGGACCGGGUUUAUGGUGGUGCCGAAGAGCGAGGAGAUGGUGCCGGCGGCGGAUUUCACGGCGAGAAUUGGGCUGAAUUUGGGGGGCAGAACGUAUUUCUCCUCCGAGGACGACUUCGUGAACCGGCUGUACCAGAGGCGGUCGAGACCGGCGGAACCCGGUUUGACGAACUCGCCGAGGUGUCAAGCCGAGGGCUGUAAUGCCGAUCUCACCCACGCCAAGCAUUACCACCGCCGCCACAAGGUCUGCGAGUUCCACUCCAAAGCCUCUACAGUCUUCGCCGCCGGGUUGACUCAGCGCUUCUGCCAACAAUGUAGCAGAUUCCAUCUUCUCUCGGAAUUCGACAACGGAAAGCGCAGUUGCCGGAAAAGAUUGGCCGAUCACAACCGCCGCCGCCGAAAGUCGCAGCAACCCAUUCAAGAUAACCACAAGCUGCACCAGCACCACCUCGAAAAUGCCCGGAAUUCAUCUUCCGACAACAUCACUAGGUCGCCGCCAGAUUCCGGAGCUCACUCGUCGUCGUCGGUGACGGUGGCGGUGUCGCCGCCGCGGAUGACGUUGGAUUGCUUCCGGCAAAGGCCGUACCAAACGACGGCGUCAUCGGCAUCGUCAAGCUCACUGUUUUUCCCGAGUGGGUGAUUUUCAGGUCCCGGAACGACGUCGCAUUCGCGUUGGCGUCGUCAAAGCUCUCACCUUUUUCGUUACUGGGUGAAUUUCCAUCUAUAAACGACGCCGUAUUGAGGGAAGACCUAGUAAAAUAACAUGGUGAAGAAGGGAGAGGUAUCUUUCAUCACAUUAACGUGUAGUCUCUUUUAUUUUCUUUCAUUUUAAUGUUUGGAACAUUUAUUUUUCUUUUCCUGGAAAAAAAAAAAAAAAAAAAGGAACGGCCGGGAUUUAUGUGUAACUCUAAUUCUCAGCAAUCCAAGAAAUAUGAUUCCGGGAAAACCAACUCCA